GCUUCCGGCUCCACUGGCUGGACAGGUGUCCGUGCAAAUGACCCGGUCCUCAGUUGGAGGGAGUGUUUGUUUUAUUCACCGGCUUUUAGAACUACCAUGACGGACUGGCGGAGUCAGCGGCGCUGCUGCAGUUCACCGCCCCUCAACAACAACAAAACAACAAAUAGCAUAUCCUCUUGAUAUGCGUCUUGUUUUAUUGUGUUUCUACACCAUUCGCUAGCAUUUUCGGAGCCCCCCCCCCUCUCUCUUUACUCGAUCGACAUCUCGAGGAGGGGCAUCCCACUGCUGGUGUUUAUUACAAGAGAGGAGGCAACGCAAAUCAGGGAGUCGAGUCCGAGACAGACGAGAGCAAACAUGUUCGAGGCGAGAGGAGUCCCCUUCAUCCUGCUGGACGUAGCCUGUCUGAUUAUAGGGGGUCUGCCUCUGGCAGCCUUUAACCUGGGUAAGAUCCGCCCCUACCAGAGGGGCUUUUUCUGUAACGACGAAAGCCUCCAGUACCCUUUCCACCACAGCACAAUAACCUCCACAGUGCUCUACACUGUGGGCUUCGCCCUGCCCAUUAGCUGCAUGAUAUUUGGCGAGUGCCUUUCAGUUUAUCUCAAGCAAAUCAAAUCCAAGUCGUCUUUCGGCAGCUACAUUUCCAGCGUUUACAAAGCCAUCGGCACGUUCCUGUUCGGGGCCGCCAUGAGCCAGUCUCUGACCGACAUCGCCAAGUACUCCAUUGGCCGGCUCAGGCCGCACUUCCUGGACGUGUGCAGACCCGACUGGAAACUUAUCAACUGCUCAUCGGGGGCGUAUAUUGAAAACUUCACCUGCACCGGAGACCUGCAGAUGGCCAACGAGGGCAGGCUGUCCUUCUACUCCGGCCACUCCUCUUUUUCCAUGUACUGCAUGCUGUUCCUGGCUCUCUACCUGCAGGCCCGACUCCAGGUGGAAUGGGCGCGGCUGCUCAGACCCACGAUCCAGUUUUUCCUGAUCGCUGCCUCAGUGUUUACAGGAUUGUCACGGGUGUCUGAUUAUAAGCACCACUGGAGCGAUGUGCUGACGGGACUCCUGCAGGGGGCUCUCAUGGCUGUCCUGGUGGUCUUCUGCGUGUCUGACUUUUUCAAGCCACGCGUAGUUGCCCAUAAAGACGUCGACAUCCUACACACAACCCUGGAGGAGCCAAAUAGAAACCACUUUGAGAGUCCCAACUAAGCUAAGACGAGGAGGACGAGGAGGACGAGGAGGACCCCUCUCUGCUCUGCCCAUAUGCACCCCCCCCCCCCCCCCCCAGGAUCCCAGCUCUCUAGCCUUUCAUCUCACGUUCUCAUCCGAUGCCCUGCAUGGACCUACAUUUGGUUCUUACCUCAAGUGAGACCGUUUCUGCAUCGGCCUGUUUAAAAUUUUGAAGACUUUAUCAUUUUCACACAUCUUUUUCGAAGGAAAGUGGUGUGACCUGCAUGUCCGAGCCUCGUAGGUAUGCUUCAGUGGCUGAGAAGUAGGUUAGGGCCUAGAGAUUCUGUAAAGAAAGAAACCAUUUUGCAUGCAUCUAUCUACUGAGCUGGCGGGAGGACUUUACUGCUGCACGCGCCCACUAAAGGGUCUGACCACUGCUGGGAGGACGAGGCGGGUUGGAAACCUGUGAAUGUAACCUUGCUUUGUGCUCUUCCUGACCUGGAGUCAACGAUCUGUUUCAGGAUCAGUUUCUAGGUCGACUCCAGCACCCUAAGACAUCCGAGUCUCAAAACGUUGCUGCUUGAGUCCAGUGUUAAUUUUCAGGGGGCCAUUUAAUACAAAAAAUGUUUGCCUCUCAAGGCGAGAACGUGCUGGGCACUAAAGCUGAUCCUAGACCAGAAGGCAACAGUGCUUCUCAUCUGGAGCUGCUGACUCCAGGCCGCCACCGCUGCUGCUGUCUCACUCUCCAACUGUCUCACCCAAUAUAGUCACAGGGAUCCAAAGCUCGACCGGUGUCGUGUUUGGUGAGACAGCUGAAGAGCAGACGGUCAGUUUUUAGUCCCGUGUUGCCUUUGCUGGACUGCUGCUGCUGUCACAGCUCUCUGUGUGUCUGAAAACACCAACAACAGCCAACAUGUACUUUUGUAUAAUCUGUGUGUAAAUAACAAUUCACGGGACAGACUUUACUGAAAAAUAAGUCAAAUGUUGAAAAACGAAAGCCAUUUUUGCUUUAUUAACAUGAACAGAAUGAAGCGUGUUUGUAUUGUCAUGACUUGUUUACUUUCUCAACCAGAUAUAUCAAAUAUAUUAUGAACCAAGUAUUUAAUCAAAAAAGAUAAAAGCAUGAAUGUUCAAUCUAUUCUGACAACGCGGAUGCAUUCACCUGAAUAAAGACGGUUCUGUUCACAUCCA